AUUUUAAUUUAGGUCUUAAAUGUAUUACUUUGUUUAAAAUAAACCAUAAUUUAAUUAGAAAUAGUUUUAGACACUCCUGUUAUCACAAUGGUUGUUUCCAACAUGGACGCCAUUCACUGAAGUUUAAUCAGACACUGCCAGGUUCCUGCUGCACAGCAUCAUGAGUGAGCUGAAGGACUGCCCCCCACUGAAAUAUUACGACUUCAAACCUGUAGAGCAUGUCAAGGUAUGUCCCCGUUACACUGCUGUCCUGGGACGUUCAGAGGACGAUGGGAUCGGCAUAGAAGAGCUGGAUACCCUGCAGCUGGAGCUGGAGACCCUCCUGUCCUCAGCCAGCCGCCGCCUCCGAGCCCUGGAGGAGCAGCGACAGAUCCUCACAGACUGGCAGGACAAGAAGGGAGAUAAACGCUUCCUGAAAAUGGGAAAAGAACCAGACCCCGCUGCCACACCUCGCCACAAACCAAAGAAGCAGAAAUUGGAUGGCAAAGGAGGUCACGGGCCAGGACCAGGUCCUGGGAGACCCAAAUCCAAAAACCUGCAGCCAAAAGUUCAAGAAUAUGAAUUUACAGAUGAUCCCCAAGACAUUCCACGCACUCCUAAAAAUGAUGCUCCCAACAGAUUCUGGGCGUCAGUUGAACCAUAUUGUGCUGAUAUCACAAAUGAGGAGAUCCGGUUGCUAGAGGAGCUUCUGAAACCUUCUGACGAUGAAGCUGAGCAUUUCAAAAUUCCAGCACUGGGGAAGCACUACUCUCAGCGAUGGGCUCAGGAGGAUCUGCUGGAGGAACAGAGGGAAGGAGCGCGAGCCAACGACAAGAAGAAGAACCUCAUGGGAGGGCCGCUGUCUGAACUGGAUGCAAAAGAUGUGGACUCGCUGCUGAAAAAGUCAGAAUCCCAGCAUGACUCUCCAGAAGACGGCUGUCCCUUUGGUCCCCUCACGCAGCGUCUACUGCAGGCCCUUGUAGAGGAGAACAUUAUAUCCCCCAUGGAGGAUUCUCCUAUUCCAGACAUUUCAGGAAAGGAUGCUAAUGACGGUGCUGGGACUUCUCCUCGCAGUCAAGGAAAAGCUUUUAGUGUUCCUCAUACACGUUCCUUGGAAGCGCGAAUCAAAGAGGAGCUGGUAGCUCAGGGGCUGCUGGAUUCUGAGGAGCGACCUGGACAAGGAGGAGACUCUGAGGACGAGGUUCUUGCAGAGCUGCAGAAGAGACAAGCAGAACUCAAAGCCUUGAGUGCUCACAACAGAUCCAGAAAGCAGGAGCUGCUCCGGUUGGCAAAAGAAGAGAUGCGCAAGCAGGAAUUAAGGCAGAGAGUCAGAGUGUCUGAUAACGAGGUGAUGGAAGGAUUCCGGCGAAUCAUGGCAGCCAGACAGAAGAAACGCACUCCAACUAAGAAGGAGAAAGACCAGGCUUGGAAAGCACUAAAGGAGAGGGAGAGCAUCCUCAAGUUACUGGAUGGAUAGAGGAAGCAACAGUUUGUGUGGGUUUGUUUUCACCCAGAAAAAAAUGUUGGAAGAAGCAUUUUCUCCCCCACAAACUGGCACCGAUUAGAACAGCUGUCGCAUGGUCCGUGAAAAACUGUCUCCAUAAUGAUGUAAGAUGCAGUUUACUGCAGGCCUGCAUGAUUUGUGUAGGGAUAUAUCUGUAGUAGUUUUUAUGCCAUCAGCAGAAAACUCAUUAGAUCAGUAACAUUCAGUAUACAUCCGACUUUUUACACCUUUUUUGAAUUUUCUUUCUUUGUCAGUUGAAUGUUUAUGUUUCUUUUUACUUUGUUUACCAUUGUAAUGCUAUGAGAAAAAUAACUGUUGGAAUAAAUCAAUACCACUUCA